CUGUGGCCUUCCAUAAUUCAGUUCGUUGCAGGAACCACAACUGCGCUCAUAUGCCUUCAGUGCAAUGGAUGGCAAGGAGACUAUCCGCUCCGAUCCACUAAUCUUAACACCUGUAACAAUUUGAACAACCAGUGCCAGACCGAUUUCUUCUGCGUCAAAAUCACGGAUCCGAUGAGGCCGGGCACCAGCUACUCGACUUAUAAAGCAGAUUGUUGGAGUCAAGACACUUUGGCAGUCACGCCGACCAACACGACAGCCGUCAGCAGUGGACAGUGCUACGACUAUCGUGACGCCUCCGUUCCACCUAAAAGGUCAGUGAAUGGGAAGCAACUUACGUUUUGGAGGAUGGGAGGCCUACCUAUGAGUACUAUACCAAAUCUCACGGAAAAAGAAAAAAGUUCAACUUUGCUUAACUCAGAUGGGCGGACAUCACGAGUCCGCGAAGCCCAUCAGAACAUCACUUUCUUCCGUUUCGGAGAUGAUACAAGUACUGUUUCUGUAGCAACAACGACUACUGUAACAAAGUCGGUGGUUUGUCCAAAUUCGUCGCCAUCACAAUACCAAUACGCUCUUCUGGUGCUGCCUCUUCUGUGA